UUCGUUAGUAUCACAAUGCAAAUGAAUUUGGUCGGUUUGGAGUUGCUUUUAGUUUUGGUGUUCUGUCUAAUGCACGGCAAUGUGUCCAAAGAGCCAGAAAUGCAAAAACAAAAAACUAUCAAAGAUGCCUUUUAUAUCGAUCGGGAUGAGCGCUACUUUUUGGCCCGUAAGCGAACCUCCUGGUUUAAUGCCCUGGCCAUGUGUCGUUCAUAUCAACUAGAGUUGGCCAGCUUUCCCAAUGAGGAUGAUUUUAAAGCGUUUCAUAAAUAUUUGACCACAUAUUAUCCUCAGAUGGUAACGACUAAAUCACGUCUUUGGAUUGGAGCACGACAUAUAAAUAAUAACUGGCAUUGGCUAUCAACUUAUAAGAUAUUUACUUUCACGAAAUGGCAAGGUGAACCACCAAAGACCGAAGAUGAUCCGGGUGAGAUUUGUGUGCGGAGCAAUGUUGCUGGAUGGACUGGCACUGCAUGUAAUAGAAAUCAUUACUAUAUUUGUGAAAAAAAACCCAAUUAGUAAGCAAACUGAAACCUAAUAUUGAAAUGGGUAAAAUCAGGAUUUAUUCCAAAAACAUCCUGAAAGCUUAAAGCUAAUUACAAAAAAAAAAAAAACUGUACCUUA